UUCAAGAUUUUUAAGAGAGAGGGAGAAAAAAAAAAGAGAGAGAAUAAAAAUGGAUUAUUUUAGUGAAGAUGUGAUGAGUUCUAGCGAGUUGCUUCAAGCUCACUCUCUUUUGUGGAGUAACUCAGUACAUAUUGUUAGGAAUUUGUCAUUGAAGUGCGUCAUUGAACUAGGAAUACCAGAUAUCAUCCAUAAACAUGGCCAACCCAUUACUCUUUCGAAACUCAUCUCUGCACUUCCUAUCCAUCCUUCAAAAGCUCAUUGCAUUUAUCGCAUUAUGCGCAUUCUUGUUCACUCCGGUUUCUUUUCAGCCCUAAAAGUUAACGGAGAAGAAGAAGAAUCACUCUCUCUCACAAACGUUUCCCGGCUUCUCUUAAGCGACGGGCCAGCUUCCAUCAAAAUGAAAUCAUUUUUUCUUUUUCACCUUCUCCCCGAAGUGGUGGCUCCGUUGCACUCCUUGAGCACUUGGUUACAGCAAAGUGAUGGCAAAACAUUCGAGCAUGGAAAUGGGAAGAACUUUUGGGAUUUUCUCGCUGAUGAGCCAAAACAUAUUCAUCUCUUUAAUGAGGCAAUGGCUAAUGACUCCCAGCUAAUUGCCAAAGUCAUUCUAACUGAAUAUAAGAAUGUGUUUGAGGGUUUGGAGACUUUGGUUGAUGUUGGAGGAGGCACUGGAACCAUGGCCAAAGCCAUUACUAGUAGUUUCCCACACAUCAAAUGCACCGUGUUUGACCUCCCGCAUGUCGUCGCUAAUUUAGAGGGAACUGACAACCUGAACUUUAUCGGAGGAAACAUGUUCACUGAUACUAUACCUCCUACGGAUGGAAUUUUGCUCAAG